GCUGAGGACACGACAGAGGAGAGAAAAGGGGACGCUCACCGUCGGGAAGGGCAAACAUUCACACUGAGGAUAACGCGUCAUCUGAGCCGGCAGGCUGAAGGCACAGCCAGUGGCACUGCAGAGGCACAACAGCACAGUGGGAUAAAGCUUCACUGCAAGAGGUAGAGGAACAUGCGAUCCCGCAGCAACAGCCUGGAGGACGCAACCAAGGCCAAGCUGGCGCAGCAGCAGGCAGACACACGCAAGCGAUCUGCAGAGCGAGAGGAGCCCUCAGGAAGGGCUGAGCGACGCAGUCGACACCGGGAGCCGCCGGACGACACCGGCACUAUUCAGCGGAAUGACAAGACAGCCAAGAACAGCGCCUGUGCUGGUGGGAGUGGCAGUGCCAGCGCCAGCGGUGCUGCAAAGGGGGGUCGGAGGGAGAAGGGCAGGGAUCUUUCCCGAGAUGACCUCGUCUUUCUACUGAGCUUGCUUGAGGGAGAGCUCCAGGCCAGAGAUGAGGUGAUCACAGUGCUGAAAGCAGAGAAAAUCGACUUGGCCUUGCUGGAGGCCAAAUAUGGCUUUGUCACACCACAGAAAGUCCUGCAGGCCCUGCAGAGGGACGCCAUCCAGGGCAAGGCCAACGUUUUCCAGGAGGACAUCUAUGAGAAGCCCAUGGAAGAGCUGGACAAGUUAGUGGAGAAGCAGAGGGAGACGCACCGGCGGAUGCUGGAGCAGCUUUUGAUGGUGGAGCAGUCGCACAAACAGGCCCUGUACAAGCUGGAGGACGAGAAGAGGAACCACGGAGAGUUCAUGAAGAAGAGCGACGAGUUCACCAACCUGCUGGAGCAGGAGCGCGAGAGGUUGAAGCUGUUAAUUGAUCAGGAAAAGGCCUACCAAGAAAGAAAGGACGAAGAGAACAAUAAAAAGGUCACAAGUCUGAAGGAGGAGCUAACAAAACUCAAGUCAUUUGCGUUGAUGGUUGUGGAUGAACAGCAGCGUCUCACUGAGCAGCUGAAUCAACAAACAGCUAAGGUCCAAGAACUGAGUGCCAGUGCUUCACAAGCCCAGGAGGAGCUGAGCUCAGCUAAUGCCCGUCUGCAGGAAGAGGAGCAAAAGGUCUUUCGCUUGGAGGCUGAGCUGCGUGGCCAAACUGGUCGAUACCAUCAGGAACAAGAGGCCAUGACUGCCAAACUGACCAGCGAGGAUGCCCAAAACAGGCAGCUGCGCCAGAAACUCUCAACUCUCAGCAGGCAGCUUGAUGAGCUGGAGGAGACCAACAAGACCCUGCGCAGAGCUGAGGAGGAACUGCUGGAGCUGAGGGACAAAAUUAGCCGUGGUGAGUGUGGAAACUCUAGCCUCAUGUCUGAGCUUGAAGAGUUACGGAAAAGGGUACUUGAAAUGGAGGGAAAGGAUGAAGAGUUGAUCAGAAUGGAGGACCACUGCAGGGACCUCAACAAGAAACUGGAGAAAGAGGCCACUCAAAGCCGGAGCCUGAAGGCUGAAGUUGAUAAACUGAACCACAGAAUUAUGGACUUGGAGAAAUUAGAGGACGCAUUCAGCAAGAGCAAACAAGAAUGCAGUUCACUCAAAAGUAACCUGGAGAAGGAGAGGACGGUGUCAAAGGUUCUGACCAGUGAGCUGGAAGUCUUGAAAGUCAGGGUCAAAGAACUGGAGGCUGCUGAAAGCCAACUGGGAAAGACCGAGUUGACACUGAAGGAAGAUCUAACCAAGUUAAAGACUCUGACAGUCAUGCUGGUGGAUGAGAGGAAGGCAAUGGCAGAGAAGCUAAAGCAAAUGGAAAACAAGGUCCAGAACAGCACUGGCAAACUUCAGGCUGAACAAGACAAAGUUACAUCAGUCACAGAGAAGCUAAUUGAGGAGAGCAAGAAAGCACUGAGGUCAAAGGCUGAACUGGAGGAGAAAAUGUGCAGCGCUACAAAGGAAAGGGAUGACUUGAAGGCCAAGUUGGGGGCUGAGGAGGAAAGGAGCAAUGAUUUGGAGUCUAAGAUCAAUAUGAUGAAGAAAAGGUUGCAAUCGCUAGAGAUCAUAGAAAGAGAAUAUCUGAGAAACAAAGCUAAAGAGGAGCACAUCAAAACACCCAUUGCUAACCGCUUCCAGCAAGAAGACAACAAAGUAAAGGAUUUGACGCAGGAGGUUGAACGCCUCAGACGCAAAUUAAAGGACAUGAAGGUGGUAGAAGGUGACCUCUUAAAAACAGAGGAGUUUGAAUCACUGGAGAAAAAAUUCACCAAUGAACAAGAGAAAGCAAAAGUCUUGAUGGAGGAGUUGGAAAUAUCCAGAAAUGAACUUUCAAAGUACCAACUGGCAGAAAAGAAAGAGUGCAACCAAGAGCAUGUUCUUUAUAAACGCUUGAAGGAUGAGGAGGCAAAGUCUAGUCAUUUGACCAGAGAGGUAGCAGCUCUGAAAGAGAAGAUCCAUGAAUAUAUGGGAACAGAGGAGUCCAUUUGCCGCAUGAAAACUGACCACUCUACACUGCAAAGAAAACUGACCCAGCAGGAGGUCAGAAACAAAGAACUGGCCAGAGAAAUGGAGACACUCACGAGAGAGCUUGAGAGAUACAGACGCUUUAGCAAAAGUCUUCGCCCUGGCAUGAAUGGAAGACGCUUUUCAGACCUUCAUGUUUCCACCAAGGAAGUUCAGACGGAGCCACUUGACCUCAUGUCUCCCAACUGUAAGACAAUGGCACCACUGGAAUGUGCUGUAAUGAACGGGAAGCUGUACGACGAGAGCGAACCUGAAGAUAAUGCAAAUUACAGCAAUGAGCUUCAGCUAACCAAAUGCAGCCCCUCACUUAUCAAUAACGUAAAUAAUCUAAACAACAACUUGAGAAGAGCGCGAGUCCCGUUCCUUAAAAACAAAGACACCCCCCAUCAGUUGAACGGUAAAGUGCAACCACGGCAGAAUGGCAACCACGUUCAGCCUGGAGAUGUUGUGUUGACCCACAGUCCUGGGCAGCCUCUGCACAUUAAAGUGACUCCUGACCACGGACAUAACACAGCAAUGCUAGAGAUCACCAGCCCGACCACAGAAAACACCCAGUCAUUCACCAGCACUGCCGUCAUACCCACAAGUGGAGGUCCACCCAAACAGAGAAUUACCAUCAUCCAAAAUGCUUCCAUAUCCCCUAGCGCAAAAUCCAUUUCCCCAACAACAAAAUUCAAAGGUUCCCCAAUGACUGACGAACCGUGUUCACCAGAUAGGGCCCUAUCACCUUUCACUGUGGCUACAUACUCAAGAGCAAUGACUCCAGACUCUUGUGGCUCUGUAACACCAGACAGAGCCAUGUCACCUAUACAAAUUGUGUCGGUCACAACAGGUACCCCUGACAGAUCCCUCUCCACAGAGCCAGUAGAGGUUGUUGGAGGGCACGCUGUCUUCCGUGUGACCCCGGAAAGGCAAACCAACUGGCAGGUCCAGAGGUCUAACAGCUCUGGGCCAAAUGUCAUCACUACAGAGGACAACAAAAUCCACAUUCACUUAGGGAGCCCCUUCAUUCAGAGUAUCAGCACUCCGUCGCAAACACUGAGUCCAUGCCACACGCCUGGACUCCAGGAGCAAAGGACUCAGGUGCUUGCAAACUGCAGUACUCCUACUGCCAAAGGCAACAGCAAAAUCACAAGUAGCAUCAUGAUUAAGCCCACCUCCACCCCAAUCCAAAGGCCAUCACAAAUUACAAUCCCUCUAGAAGCAUUGCGACGACCAGGACCGACAAGAAUCCCCAAACCGAAGGGCUACAGCUCCCAGAAAGGGACAAACAGCACGGCAGCAAAUGUGGGACUGCAGAACAAGAGUCAGCCGCCACAGACUCAUCUAGCCACUGGGAAGGAGCAGCCUGCAGCACACAACAACAACAACAACAACCCACGUCUAGUGAACCGCAGACUGUGAUUUCAGCGAUAGGUCAGCUCACAGUACAUUUCACCUACACUAAACACAUUCUCAUAGUUACUUCAGAUAUUAAACAGAAUGUCUAAAAAUCUAAAAUAAAAACUAUCUGCAAAAGAAAAACAGUAAAAAGAAAGAAUAAAAAGAAUAAAAUUCAAACUGUACUGCUUUAUUUUUUGAUCUUUUAAGAAAAAACUGGUCCACUAUUACCUAAUGUUCAUCUGUGAUGCUCUGAAGACUGCAUAAUGCAACAGAUUUUUGUGUCAAUAUCAUAUUCUAUGUGUACACACUGUAUUAGUUGUAAAAUAAACAUUUUAGAAAGUAGUUCCAAUGUUCAUUUCAUAUUUACUGUCAUAGAUUUGUGUGAAAAUGUCACUGUGAUCCUAAUAAAUGAAACUGAAGAGUAAUACUAGUACAUUAAGUGUGUUAUAUGUUGUUGAAUACAAAUUAAUGUUUCUUUGUAUUGUCAACAUUUGUAUUUCUCUUUAAUUACCAUCUUUAUUAUCUGUUGAGACAUACAGAUAAUGACAGCCAUUUAUCCUUUUCUAGGAAUGGAACACAUGGAUAUUUUUUAAAUAAGUGGCAAUAAUGUACAUAAGUGUAUAAGUGAUGUGUUGUAAUGCAGCUCCUUGAUAGUGAUAAUCUCUCAAAUGUGACAUUUGUGUUAUUUUGGUUAUCAAUAAAGACUUUUUAUACCUGGAACAAGA